AUGGCUCCCGCUAACCUGCCGUCCAUUUUCAAUGCCACGUCCCAGGACAUCGAGAUGCUCCUGGCGGCCCAGUGCCACCUCGGUUCCAAGAACCUCCAGGUGCACAUGGAGCCUUACCUGUGGAAGACCCGUGUCGAUGGUGUCAACGUCCUGAACAUUGGCAAGACCUGGGAGAAGAUUGUCCUGGCUGCCCGUAUCAUCGUCGCCAUUGAGAACCCGGCCGACAUCUGCGUCAUCUCUGCCCGUCCCUACGGUCAGCGUGCCGUCCUCAAGUUCGCCGCCCACACCGGUGCCUCCCCCAUCGCUGGUCGCUUCACCCCCGGUAGCUUCACCAACUACAUCACCCGUUCCUUCAAGGAGCCCCGCCUGAUUGUCGUGACCGACCCUCGCACCGACGCCCAGGCCAUCAAGGAGGCCAGCUACGUCAACAUCCCCGUCAUUGCCCUCUGCGACACCGACUCCCCCACCGAGUACGUCGACGUUGCCAUCCCCACCAACAACAAGGGUCGCCACGCCAUUGGUACCGUCUGGUGGCUCCUUGCCCGUGAGGUCCUCCGUCUCCGUGGAACCAUCUUCAACCGCGAGACCCCCUGGGACGUCAUGGUUGAUCUGUACUUCUACCGCGACCCUGAGGCCGAGGCCGAGGAGAAGGUCGAGGAGGAGAAGCUCAUCACCGCUGCUGAGGAGGAGGCCCCCGCUGCCAUCGAGUCUGGCUUCCCCGCCGCUGGUGGUGACUGGGAGGCUCCCGCCGCCGGCUUCGCUGGUGCCACUGCCACUGGCUGGGACGGUGCCGGUGCCGGUGCCGGCCAGGACUGGGCCGCUGCUUCUGGCACUCAGGAGUGGGCUGCCGAGGCUCCUAAGGAGAGCCAGUGGUAA